AUGAAAAAAGUCUAAACUACUUAAUUCCUAGCUCAAGUAUAGAAAAAUCUGAGAAAAUAAAGCUUGUGUACUACAACAUAAUCUUAUUAAGGAAUAUGCCCAAUUUCAGAUUUGAUACUAUCUGAUAAAGAACUAGUUGAAGGUUAUGAGAGGAUUUCUAAUUUUAAAUUAGAUAAUAUGUUUAUGUUCAUUAAAAGAGAAGACCCAAACUAAUCUCAAUUAGUUAGUAUGAAAAUAAGUAAACAAAAUUCAAAAGAUACUGAAGAUCAUUUUAUUAGACCCACAAAUAUGUAUUUUAAGAUGGCUGUACUCUGUUCUUAAGAGUAUUCAAAAUAUGAAAAAGAAUGUACAGUGAACAAAUAACCGCAAGAAACAAAUCUUACUCUAUACUUAGAGAAAAGAGUUCCAAUAGACUAGAGAUGCAAAUAUAAUCAUAAUUAAAAAAUUUCAACUAUGGUAUUUUGCAUUAGCCGUAUUAUAGGAUUGUGUGCUAUUUAUUGGGCCUACUUUAAAGAUACAGUGGAUUAAUUUGGAGGAGCAGAUUGUUUUUUAUAAGAUGAAACAACCUAAAAUAUUUUAGAAUAUAAUUAUUUUUAUAAGCUAAUUUUAAAAAUUUUAUUGGCCAUUAAUUUUAUCUAUUUGACUCUUGGUUUUAUAAAUUUGAUAUGGUUAUAAACACACAAAAAGAAUUAUAUUCGUUUAUAAUAUGGUUUAUCUGAAGUAUAAUUAAAAUGA